AGUCAUUGCAACUCUCACAAUCUCCCUAAAACCCUCUGUCUAUGUCUGGGUUCUGUAACUUCUUUUCUUUUGGAAGAUAGGCGGCCAUGGACAAGUCACAGCAGAAGCAGCUCUAUCUCUUCUACUGCGCCGAGUGCGAAGACCUUGCUCGCCAGGUCGCUUCUCAGUCCGACCACAUCAUCCUCCAGACCAUCAAAUGGAGGAAUUUUGAUGAUGGAUUUCCAAACAUUUUUAUAAACAAUGCACAAGAUCUUCGAGGCCAACAUGUUGCCUUUCUGGCAUCCUUCAGCUCCCAAGGAGUUAUAUUUGAGCAGCUUUCUGUAAUAUAUGCACUGCCCCGGCUGUUUGUUGCGUCCUUCACAUUAGUAUUGCCUUUCUUUCCUACUGGUUCCUUUGAAAGAAUGGAAGAAGAAGGGGACGUAGCAACUGCGUUUACUAUGGCGAGAAUGUUGUCAAAUAUUCCCAUAUCCAGGGGUGGCCCAACCAGUUUAGUCAUCUAUGACAUCCAUGCUUUACAGGAAAGGUUUUAUUUUGGUGAUCAUGUUUUGCCUUUGUUUGAGACUGGAAUUCCACUGUUAAAGCAGCGUCUCCACCAGCUUUCUGACUCCGAUAAGAUAGUUGUUGCAUUUCCCGAUGAUGGAGCAUGGAAGCGAUUCCACAAGCAGUUGGAUCAUUUUCCCAUGGUGGUGUGCAAUAAGGUUCGUGAAGGUGACAAGAGGAUAGUUCGGAUAAAAGAGGGAAAUCCUGCUGGUUGUCAUGUAGUCAUUGUCGAUGACUUAGUGCAAUCUGGCAGCACCCUAAUUGAGUGCCAGAAAGUUUUGGCAGCUCAUGGUGCAGCCAAGGUUAGCGCUUAUGUAACCCAUGGUGUAUUUCCUAAAUGCUCAUGGGAGAGGUUCACUCACAAGGAUGAUGGCUUGGAGACGGCAUUUGCGUACUUUUGGAUCACGGAUUCCUGCCCGCUUACCGUCAAAGCCGUUGCUAAUAAAGCUCCCUUCGAGGUGUUAAGUCUUGCAGGUUCCAUUGCUGAUGCUCUACAGACUUGAAGAGAGUAAAAUAGUUAGACAACUUGAAUAAUUUAUGACAGCAUUGUUCUACCGGCCAAGCUCUGCGAUAUAAGAAGGCGAGUUUAACCUUUUAUUCUGCUAAUGAGUCAUGACACAUGACUUACAUUCAGUGUUUGGUAUCUGAGAUUUCUGAUAUGACAUUACAACUUCUCCUGUUGUAAUUCAGCUUUAAAAUAUGUUCACAAACACACCAAUUAUCUCCCUCUA